UAGUCAUUGGGUCUUUUUUAUAAAAUUUCUUAUUCUUUCAGCAGACCUCUUGGAAGCCUAAACCAUGGAGGAUGAGGAGAGCGGAGUGCAGGUCCCGAAGGAGAAGCAGGCGCCCGGCCCCGAAGGCGGUGACGUGUGGAAUGUCACCGACACCAGCCGACUGCGGCACUUCUUGUGCUUCGGCUCCGAGUGUGGUGCUUACCACAUCAAGGAGCAGAAGCUGGGCUUCGAAAACGCAGAAGCCUUGCUAAGACUGAUCGAAGAGGGCAGGGGUUGUGAAGUUGUUGAAGAAAUAAAAGCAUUUAGCCAAGAGGGCAGAGCAGCAAAGCAGGAGCCCCUGCUUUUUGCCCUUGCAGUUUGCUCGCAGUGCUCUGAUGUGAAAACGAAACAAGCGGCGUUUAAGGCUGUCCCCGAGGUGUGUUGCAUACCAACCCAUCUCUUUACUUUCAUCCAGUUUAAAAAAGAUCUGAAGGAGGGCAUGAAAUGUGGCAUGUGGGGCCGUGCACUGAGGAAGGCUGUGGCAGAUUGGUACAAUGGAAAGAAUGGCAUGGCUCUUGCUUUAGCAGUUACAAAAUAUAAGCAAAGAAGUGGUUGGUCUCAUAAAGAUCUUCUGAGGUUGUCCCACCUAAAACCUGCCAGUGAAGGAAUUGCUAUAGUCACUAAAUAUAUUACCAAGGGGUGGAAAGAUGUCCAAGAAGCUUAUAAAGAGAAAGCAGUUUCUAUUGAGACUGAAAAACUCUUAAAGUAUCUGGAGGCUGUGGAGAAAGUAAAACGCACAAAAGAUGAAUUGGAAGUUAUUCAUUUGAUAGAGGAAUAUGGUCUCGUUAGAGAGCAUCUCCUGACAAACCACCUGAAAUCUAAAGAGGUUUGGAAGGCAUUGCUGAAGGAGAUGUCCAUUUCUGUAUUGUUGAGAAAUUUAGGAAAGCUGACAGCGAAUUCAGUGCUGGAACCACGAGGUUCAGAAGUGGCAAUAGUAUGUGAAAAACUGAGAAAUGAGAAACUACUAAAAAAGGGUAAAAUACAUCCAUUGCAUAUUUUGGUUGCAUUAGAAACAUAUAAAGCUGGACAUGGAAGCAGAGGGAAGCUUUGGUGGCGUCCUGAUGAAGACAUUUUAGAAGCUUUAGAUGCCUCAUUUUACAAAGCUUUCAAGACACUUGAACCAACAGGAAAACGCUUCUUACUUGCAGUUGAUGUCAGUGCAUCAAUGACACAAAAAGUUUUGGGCAGUGUGCUCAAUGCGAGCACCGUUGCAGCAACGAUGUGUAUGGUUGUAGCACGUACUGAGAAGGAUUCCCACAUUGUUGCCUUUUCACAUGAAAUGGUCCCGUGUCCAGUGAUGGCUGAUAUGACGUUACCUCAAGUUUUAGUGAAAAUGUAUGAAAUUCCAGUGGGUACCACUGAUUGUUCCCUUCCAAUGAUAUGGGCUCAAAAAACUCAGAGGGCUGUUGAUGUCUUCAUUGUAUUUACUGAUAAUGAGACCUUUGCUGGAAAUACUCCUCCUGCAGCAGCCCUUAGAGAGUACAGAGAGAAAAUGGGUAUUCCUGCUAAACUGAUUGUUUGUGGAAUGACCUCAAAUGGUUUUACAGUGGCAGAUCCAGAUGACAGAGGCAUGCAUUUGAUCUUCCCAGUGGGUCCAUUGCUGGCAACAGACUUCACCCUGGGAACUCCCAGCCAAAUAUACUUUAUUAGAAUAUGGCAUAUUAUAUACAUAUCAGAAUGUUACCUUUUUGUGAAGGGAAAACAAGAAAAGCAGAUGAGAAAUCUCUUUUCUCUUUUUUCCUGUUGCACACGAUUUAAAAUAACAAUGGGAAGUUUGCUAAAAGUGGCUACAGGGUAUACAUAAUUUAAUUUCACUUAUAAUAGGUUAUAAAUAUGGAGAGAUUUUUAAUUUCCCCCUCCCCUGUUGCUGUGGAAUGCUUGUUUGUGAGAAUAAAUUGACCAAUUACUUUUAGAAUGGGGCUGGAAAAAAAUGGAUUUAGUAUUUUUAAUAAUGUCAGUUUAACAGCAACUUCACUGAGAGGGACUUUUCUUUGGGCUUUUUUAAAUCUUUGUAUUUUAAGCAUUACUAAGGUUCAAUGGUUUCCAUGGUUACAGUUAAAACCUACUAAACCUAAAAGUAUUUUCUGGUACAUAUUGAGACCAUGUGACUGUGAUACAGGAUAAAAGUUAUCCAGGGAAAUUUUAUACUGAUAAAACUGAAAGUGGAAGAGCUCAUGCCAGUCUUUUUCUCUGUAGAUCAUCAUCUGAGUUUUCUGGAGUAAAUAUCUCUUUAGAUAAAUUGAGGGGCAGUUCCUGCACAAUACAGUUUCAGAAGCACUAUUUUAGAAUUAAUACGCUUUACAGGAAGUUCUAAAAACUGGUUUUAGUAGAAAAAGACCUUGGAAAUGACUGGGAUGCCACAUUCAGUCCAGGUUACAACUUCAGGAAGCAUCAGCACACUUUCAGCAAGAGAGAUCAACAAGUACAUGUGUCUUGGCCUGCUCUCCAAAGCUGAGUGGGAACAACCAGAAACCAUAAGCUACUUUUUUUUUUUUUCCAAAAGAAUGUAUUCAGUAAUACAGAAACAAUCUUCCUAACAGGAGAGUAUUUAAUUUCUAAAAAUAUUUUUGUAGAUUAAUGCUACUUCUGAUUUCAUGAAUUAAUUCAAGCUAACAUAUUUCAAAACUACCUCUAGUUUAUAGUGACCAAUUCUUAAAAACUUUUAUGAACUGUACAGUUGCAUCCUUCAUGUUCACAAAAUCUUGUUUAGGAAGUGAUUGAAACUGGAUUCAUUUUUUUAUUUUUUUAUUUUUAGUCUUAUAGUAAGACUGUGAGUAAACAAGGAGAAAGCUAGUGAGUAUCUUACCACUUUGGAACAGGGAUUGAUAGCAAUUCAUGUGUAUAUGUAUUUAAUUCUGUGUGUGUUUUAUAUGUGUCAGUAUGGGGGGAAGUUAAAAGAUCUCUUUAGUAGAUCAGUCUUAAAAGAUUAGAAAGGUUUUUUAGUGAUGCUUUUACAACUUCCUCUAAAACAUAUGUGUGUCAGCCUCUUUUAUGCUAAUGAUGGCUGUUUUAAACAGUGAAUUUGAUGUUAAUUUGAAAAUAAUUAUGAUUUAUAAAAAUAACGCAUUUACCCGCUGUGGUAAAUAACAUGUAAGACCAUAUUUUUCUGCCUAAAACCUAAGCUUUUAAAUGUAAAUUCAUAUUAUACUUUUGAUACUUGUAACACUUUUCUUUUUGCCUCAUACAUAUUAAUUACAAAUCCAGAGCUCGCAUUCUGUGGUGCGGGUAUCUCUUUUGGUGCUAAAACGGGAUGUUACAUGUUACUGAAGGUAUUCUGCUACUUACUUACACUCUCCUUUAAUGAAUAAACCAAACCAGUGAGAGAAGCCUUUUCUGACAUUAAAACCAGGGCUUAAAGAACUGAUGGUAGGAGUGUUACCUUUCAGUGAACAUCAAUGUAAUUACUUGUGAAUUAUCACCGCUUUUACAGUAUAGCUCUGAUAGAAAGCUUGGAGAAUACAGGAUUGCCACCAGCUCCUCAGGUGACAUCAAGGAAAAAAAACAUGUUCCUAAAAAGCUGAGACUAUACAGCACUUUGAGUUUGAAAAAGAAAACCAGCCAUUUCAUGUGAAAAAUUGCAUAUCGUUCUUAGCAUCUAAACAAAACACCAUAUCAAUGUGGGGAGUAAACUCAUUUGCUCAAUACAUGUUAAUAAUUAUUUCAAGUAAAUGCACUGAUGUUUUGGGGUUGGUUUUGGUAGUAAUGUGUUUUAAAUUACACAGUAGUCAAACAUCUGAUUAGGUGUUUCCUCUAAGCUAGAGACGUUGAAAAUAACUGAUGUACUUUUGCAAGUACUUUUUCUUACUUUGGAGUAGCAUUUGUGAAGUCAUAGGAAAUAUUUUGGACUAAAUAUAAAACGAAAACUUAAACAGAUGUUUCAAGUAAUUUUCAAGUAAACUUACUGCAAAUAAAAGGUUAGAAUAGUUACUAACAGAUUGAAUGAACGGUUAUAGUGGUGUUGCAUCUUUGAAAGCAGUCCAGUUUAAAAUACUUGAAUUAGAGUGUGUAAGUGAAGAUGAACUUUUCAGUAGAACUGAUAGAAAUUGUAGCUCCCUGUAUUUAUUGACACUGAAUAGCUCUGACCCAUAAUAAAAGAUAGUCAUCCAUGCUAGGGUACAUAAUACACUCCUAAACAUUUAUAGUGUCUCUGUACGAAAAAAUCAUGCUAGAAAUAGAAUAUUCUAAGUGGUUUGGUUACACAAUGUAAAACUAGCACUGGUGAGACCACAUUGUCAUCUGCUCCUCCCUUAGGAUUUACACAGAGAGGGGAAAAUUAAGUAAAUGCUGACAACUGAAACUUUAUAGUGUGACCUUUGUUCCUGUGAUUUUCUUUUGGGGUUUGUUAUUAUCUUCCAGGAAGGGGCAUAGAAUAACGAUGCUGUGUAUUCCUUUUCCCUGGAUCUUUAUCUUUCCUGGAUCUUUAUCUGCCCAUACCCUGAAUUUUAGGGGACAGCAUGACUCAUUUGCCAUAACAUAAAUGUCCUGACUUGAGUCUUCAGUUAUUAUACUGGUAAUUUCCAAACCAAUAUCUAGACAUGUAAAGAGGCAAUAAUUACUGUAAUGCUUCAAAAAUAAUAGAAAAAAGUGAACUAAGGCAGAGUUGCUAAGCCGAAGCAUUAGUUUAGUGUACAAUAGAUGACCUACCUUUUCACCAAAGAGGAGACAGGGACUCUUUGAAAUUAAUAGUGGUGUUUGCAUUGGAGGAACACUGGCUAACAAAGCAGAAAUGGGGCUAUAAUUGUGCAAUGCAGUUUAUCAGUAAAAAUUGAACAGGGAGAAGUUUAAAGCUAGUUAAUUUUAUUCAAAAUAUUGAUUAAAAUCAGUCUAAAUGCAGAGUGCAACAGCAGAGUGGAUGAAGGCAGGUUUCCUGAUAUCUGACGGAACUGAGAGGUUUCACUUUGGCUACCAUUUCACUGUGACCCCCUUAACAAUUCUGCAGUAUUAAACAAUUAUACAGUCUAAGGCUGUAACGUUCAGGCAUCUUAAGAAAGAAAAAAAGGUUCUAAUGGUUGGAAGCACAACAGAGGUAAAACAUUCUUCUGUAAUGAAGGGCUGUAAGGAACAAACAUCAAAGGCCAAGGUUCUUCAUGGAGGGGACACAAUCAAGAAUGUGGAGAGGGCCAAGAAACAGAAUUUCAUGUCAGGAAUUUUAGACCUGGAGCAAGGAGUAGGAGCAUUUGGGAUGCUUGUAGAAUUAGAUUACAGGCAAAAUAUGGGGUCCUUACCUAUGUUCCUCUGUCUUUAAAAAAAAGAAAAGUCUAAAAGUAGGUGUAGCUCUGAAGUCAGAAGGGCCACUCUAAAUGCCCACUGUGUGAAGGCUACUAAUAACUGGCCCUAAAAUACCUUGCUGCUUAAAACCACUGUUAAACCUCUUUGUUAAACAUAAAUCAUAAGGGGGGUUGUGUUGUUCUUUUGCAUUGUUUUGUUUAACUGGUGCCCAUAAAUGGUUAUGGCUUUAAAAGGCUAUUCAACAAAAUACAUAUUCUUGGCUUAAAGAAACACCAGCAAUUUUGGAAGUGUAUUUUAAUAUUGGCUCUGUCUGUAAGAACACUAUGAAAAUAUUUUUGUGCAUUGCAAAAAAUGCUGUGCUGCUGAACCAUGUACCUGACUCACAGCUACUGUAACAGAAGCUUUAGUUUUGGUUCCGUUUGGCUUUUUUCUUCUAUUACCUUUUUGCUUUACCCUUCUUUUUUUCUGUUAAUGUUGAUUUUUUUCUCCUUUCCCGUCUCUUUGUCACCUCAGGCCUAUACUUGAAUCUUUUUUUCACAAGCUCUCAUCCAUUCCUUUUUUUUUAUUUUUGCCUCUGUUCUGCCUUUUUGCUGUCAUUGAGCACUUAGCUACUUACACCGGAACUGAUGUCAUAGUAUUUAUUUUAAUUUUUUUAAGAAUGGAUAAACUUUUUUCUUUAAUUAUGUAAAUCUUUUACAAAACAUUCGAUUUGCUGUAUCUGUCACAUUUUUGGUAAAACUUUGUGUAAAAAUCAGUGACAAAAGUAUACUUUGUUUAUUUACAAAAAUCCAACACCUGCCUGUGAAUGACUUUAUUUUUAUAAAGUAACCUCUUGCAAUUGGCUUUUCAAAUUUUUUUCUAGAAUUAGCUCAGUGGUUUGAAACUUUUUAUUCCAUUAAAUAUUAUCAAGCUGCUGCCAUAGGCAGAAUUAGGCAAACAUUUAAAUUAAUAUUCUGGAUAAAUGGGCAGCUUCUUUGCAGUAUUGACUAGAGGAAGUCUUCAAAGAACAGGCUGUAGAAGUAAACCUAAGCAAAGUAUCACUUGCUUGUGCUUUUAAUCCUUACUUUCUCUGACACUUGAUCAGUUUAUAGGUUUAUUUUGCUGUCUGCAGUGGUUUGCAGUGCAGAUAUGCUGUAAGCAAGCUGGUUUAAUGACUUUCUUGCUGGAAUGGUAGAGAUUUCAUCUCACCAUGACACAGUAUUGUGUACAAAUUGCUGAGUAAGAGUUCGGGGUGGGGGGGAAGGUAAUACACUAACUAGGACAGUAUAUUGUGUAUGUGCUGCUCUGAGAGAUAACAUGUAAGAUUAGCUGAUUUCAGCAGAAGGUAUGGUGUCUUUAAAUAUGUGUGCUUACAUAUUUGGAUUUAUAAUUUUGAUACUUAAAGCGUGGUUUCUUUAGGUGUUUCUGCAUUCUGACUUUUAAGUUCAAAAAUAUAUAUAUAUUUGCAUAUAUAUGAGGUAUGUGGAGAAGUUUUACAAAUGCUUCAUUAACGAAUAAUGAAUAUAAAUAGUUGUUUCCCUAAUGUUAACCAGCUUCUUAAGAGUUAAGCACAACUAGUUACAACUUCUCUAAAAGUGCAGUUCUACUCUUUAAAAAGAAUUCUGUAUAAAAAAGCAACAGAUGGGCACAUUCACAGAUCUGUCUGCUUAGUUAAAAAACUCAGUGUUUGUUUCCAGCUUCUCAGACUUAGAAGCAUGGGAUUUAGGCUGGAUGAGCAGGUAUCUAUAUCUUUUAGUGGAUACAUUUUAAUAUUCAGAUCCCAGGGCAAGCAUAUUUUAAGAUAAACAGCUUUGUCCUGGAGACAGUGUGGGCACAAAAUUAUGGAAAUUUUUAAUGACUGUUCUUGAGUCUCUUAAUUUGUUUGUUGUUUGGGUUUUUUUAUUAUUUUCUAGAGUAGAACCACACUUUAACUGCCAUAUCAUGUUUAAAUAACUUAAACAUAACAUGGCUUUGUGCCAUCCAAUAAUGAAGGCACUGUCUUGCUGCUACUUUCUGUGAAAUUAUACACAAUUAAUGAAAAACUAUUUGGAUGGGGAGCCUUAAUAUGGUUAAAAAGAAGCAUAAUUAACCCUUUGGGUGCCUUAAGACAUAUCUCCUUUAAUAGACGGGCACUCACUUGGAUCUGCAGGCAUACAGCACGUUUUCUCCAGCGGGAUUAGAUUAUUGCCUUAAGUGACAGUGCCCUGGGAUUUCCAAAACUUGGAACUCAAAGGGUUAUUUUAGACUACUGUUUGAAAAACAAGUCCCUAAACAGGGAACAAAAUGAAAAGGUCUUUGAAAAAUUCCUUUGCAUACUAUUGUUGUUAUUUUUACAUGAUGGGUUUAUCAGCUUUCAGGGGCAAAAUUAUUGCUAAACUUCUGAAAACACUUAGCUGGCUGAAGAAUUCUACACAGAGAAAAAGAAUACUUGGUAUUCUUUUACGACUGUAUGUGCAAAAUAAAUUGCUUUAUUAAGUAUAAAUUCAGGAAGAGAUGCACAUUUGUAUGUUUAUCUUGAUGACUGUGCAAAAUACAGUAAAUGGCAAUAAAAAUAUAACGAGGCCAGUGUGUUUAAUUAGCUUAUUACACAUUAAAGAUGCACAGUGCAGACAGCUCUAUUCUGAAGACUUUCUAUAAAUGAUGCAGUUUCAAACCUGCAUCACAAAAAUAAAGCUGUCAAAUUUAAAUUACACUCUUGCAAUCCUAGCUACCUGGAGUUGAAGAUAAAUGUGAUGCUUUUUUCCCUUGAGGGGGGAAAAAAGUAGUUUAGGUACAUGCAGUGUUGAAAGCAAUGGAAAUAACAGGAGUAAAAAUUAAUUGACUAAUGUUUUUAUUCUAAUGUGUGCACCUUUAGUUGUGUAAUGGUCCCUUUUACGAAGAAUGGGAUAGAAUUUUCUACUUGCAUAUGGACUUCCUUGAAAUAACCAAGAGUCUUGGCAUUGCCUGUUCUGGCUUUGGAUGUACAUUGUACUGAAACUAUUGAAUUUUAGUAAUUUCUUUUAGACAUUUAACUGAAAGUUAAAAUGGCUAGUAAACUGCAUUCUGAUUGUAGAAUUUAAGUACUAAAUAAACUCUAUGCAUAUUAGA